CAAACCGGGAAAAAACCGGAGGAACAAACAGGGGAAAUACCGCACUUGCAAUAUACUUUCGUCGUUGAUAUUUCACGAUUUCGUUUUCUGUUGCCGCGUUAGUGAAGCAUCUGACUUAAUUUUAAUCGAAAUUUUUGGAAUGCCUCCGCCUAAAAGCGACGUUUGGACGUAUUUUAAAAAAAUAAAUUCUUCUACUGCAAUUUGCAAACAAUGCAGUAGAUCUUUAAAAACUAGUGGAAAUACUUCCAACUUGAUGAAACAUUUGAAGAGUCAUGGAAUCGAUACACGAACCCACAAAGCAAAAGGAUGUUAUUCAGAUGAUACUCCAAGACCAAGCACAUCAAAAGAUGCUGAUAUUAUUUUAAAUGAAGAAACCAAAUUAGAACAAGACUCCCUCAAUGAAGGCUGCGAAACGCAUUCUAUUAGUUCUGUUAGUACCACUACUAUAACCAGUGAUAUAUUACAAUCAUUUAAAACCAUCAAAAGUUUUGAAGUCGGUGGGGUGAAACACAGUGAGAUAAGUAACACCAUAGAUUAUUUCAUCUGCGCAGAUAACCGCCCCUUCUCAACAGUUGAAGGACGAGGGUUUAAAAAAUUAAUGAAAACUGUUUGCCCAUUGUACAAAUUACCAUCGAGAGAAUAUUUCAAAAGCAAUAUUGACCUGAAGUAUGAUAUUAUGCAUUCCGUAUAUAAACAGAAAAUGUCUGAGAUUGAGCAUUUUUGUCUGACUAUGGAUAUAUGGAGUGAAAUGAUGACAGGAAGGAGUUUCUUAGGUGUAACUGCCCAUUUUAUCCACAAAACGAGAAGAAACUCAAUAUCGUUGGAUGUGAAGGAAUUAUGUGACCGCCAUAAUGCGGCGUACAUAUCAGAACAAUUAAAAAUCAUUUUGAAUAGUUGGGACAUCAAUGAAAAAAAGGUUGUUGCUAUCGUAACAGACAAUGGUGCUAAUAUGGUUGCUGCAGUAAGGUUGAUGGAGGGAAAUCAGCAUAUACCCUGUUUUGCUCACAUCAUCAACCUGAUAGCAGAAACACCCUUAUCCAACCCACAAAUAUCCACUUUGAUAGAUAAGGUGAGAAAUAUUGUCAAGUGGAUAAAGAAUUCUGUGAUUUUAUGUGACGAUCUCAGAAAUAGACAGAGGCAAAAUAAUGUUAAGGAGGGAUUGUUGAAAAAAGUUAUUCUUGAUGUAAAAACAAGAUGGAAUAGCACCUUCUAUAUGCUGGAAAGGUUCAUAGAACUAUCCUCGCUUAUAAGCGAAAUUCACUUUGGCAGACGUAAUGCCCCACCAAUGGUCGAUGCUGGGGAAUUGGAAGCAAUUGCAGAAAUCAUGAAAGUUCUGAAGCCUCUGGAAUAUAUGUCCAAGGAACUAUCAGGGGAGGAUUACAUAACAGCCUCUAGAGUAUUUCCCAUGAUUAAUUGUGCAAUGCAUACCUAUGAAAAUAAUAUAUUCGAAAUGGAAGAGUCCAAGUUACUCAACAAUCUCAUAUUGACUGAAAUGAGAAAAAGACUGAGCAAAGCAGAACAUAUCCCUGUUUUGGCUGUUUCUACACUUUUGGAUCCUAGAUUCAAAAAUAUACAUUUUAAAGAUUCGCAAGCAGCUGCAAAUGCAAUUUCCUUUGUGAGGAGGCUAUUGAAACACGAUGUAAUGCCUGAAACUCCUGAAAGGAAUAAUUUACAAGCUGAGAGAUCCAGUAAAAUAUUGGGAGGAUACUAA